CUACUAAGUGCGUAAUCAGCGGAAAGAAUUUAUAUAUUUUAAUAACAAAGCUCUACGGCGAAAUUCAGCCGGCAAACUACUGAAAAAAAAGAAAAACAAAUUAUUUACAUACAUCUAUCAAAGAAGUCCAUACAGGCUCUUAAUUGAUACACACACACAAUAGAUUUUCUCAAGUGUGCUAUCGCGAUGGCUGCUCCAGCAGCCUGUACGCGUUUUUCGGACAAUUACGACAUCAAAGAGGAGCUCGGAAAGGGUGCUUUUUCGAUAGUAAAAAGAUGUGUCCAAAAGUCAACAGGAUUCGAAUUUGCGGCCAAGAUUAUAAAUACCAAGAAGCUAACAGCAAGGGAUUUUCAAAAGCUGGAGCGCGAAGCCAGGAUUUGUCGGAAGUUACAUCACCCUAAUAUUGUUCGAUUGCAUGACAGCAUACAGGAGGAAAAUUACCAUUACCUUGUUUUUGAUCUUGUAACUGGUGGUGAACUUUUCGAAGAUAUUGUGGCACGUGAAUUUUAUUCAGAGGCUGAUGCAUCGCAUUGUAUACAGCAAAUAUUGGAAUCGGUCAAUCACUGCCAUCAGAACGGUGUUGUCCAUCGAGAUCUCAAGCCAGAGAAUUUACUAUUAGCAAGUAAGGCAAAGGGUGCAGCUGUGAAACUCGCGGACUUUGGUCUAGCCAUUGAAGUGCAGGGUGAUCAUCAAGCCUGGUUUGGAUUUGCUGGCACUCCAGGGUAUUUGUCGCCAGAGGUAUUGAAGAAAGAGCCUUAUGGCAAAUCGGUAGAUAUAUGGGCAUGCGGCGUCAUACUCUACAUAUUAUUGGUCGGCUAUCCCCCUUUUUGGGACGAGGAUCAGCAUCGAUUGUAUUCGCAAAUAAAGGCAGGCGCUUACGAUUAUCCAUCACCCGAAUGGGACACUGUGACGCCCGAGGCUAAGAAUUUGAUUAACCAGAUGCUGACUGUAAACCCAAAUAAGCGAAUAACAGCAGCUGAAGCUCUAAAGCACCCAUGGAUUUGUCAAAGAGAACGUGUGGCUUCUGUGGUGCAUCGCCAGGAAACUGUGGAUUGUCUCAAAAAAUUCAAUGCUCGGCGCAAGCUAAAGGGCGCUAUACUAACAACAAUGCUUGCAACCAGGAACUUCUCUAGCAGAAGCAUGAUCACUAAAAAGGGCGACGGCUCUCAAGUGAAGGAAUCAACGGAUUCGUCGAGCACAACUUUGGAGGAUGAUGAUGUCAAAGAAGAUAAAAAAGGGAUCGUUGAUCGCAGUACCACAGUCAUAUCUAAAGACCCAGAAGAAAUAAGGAUUGUGUGUCCUGCAAAAACUUGCCAGCAAAUGUCAGGAAACUCCUCGCAAUGCUCUUCAGUUCAGGAUAUAAUGGUUACAAGAGGCGGAUUGGUGUGGAAACAGCUUACAACCUAUAAUGUAUAUAAAUAUAUAUAUGUAAUUACGCGGGCUUUUGUCCUAAUACUCCCAUUUCUAUAGCAUAUUUAAACCGCA